AUGGAGAAGUCCAGCAGUGAGGAGUCAGCCAUUCACCGUAGCCCCUCUGUAGACAGCCGCGACUCCGAUUUCGCACGAGCCUCCACGUCUGGCCGCCCGUUUGGUGGCCGCGGCUUCACUGCCGGCGCGUUCUACGGCUCCACAGGGCCGCGCAAUAACGCACAGCAGGGACAGGCUGGAGCAGCAGCCGACAGCAGCGCCAGAGACAAGACCAGUAAUAAGUACAGCUCACCGAAAGGCAGCAAAUACGUAGUCUUUUACCUGGAUUUAUCCUUUGUGUUCCUUUUAGAAUUCAAGAAGUGCAACAUGGCAAGAGGCUGCCUCUGCUGUUUGAAGUAUAUGAUGUUCCUCUUCAAUCUCAUCUUUUGGUUAUGCGGCUGUGGGCUGCUCGGCGUGGGCAUCUGGCUCUCCGUGUCUCAGGGCAGCUUCGCCACCUUCUCGCCCUCAUUCCCCUCACUCUCCGCUGCCAAUAUGGUCAUCGCCAUUGGCGCCAUUGUCAUGGUAACGGGCUUCCUCGGUUGCCUGGGUGCCAUCAAGGAGAACAAGUGCCUACUUUUGAGCUUCUUCAUUGUCCUGCUGAUAAUUCUCCUGGCAGAGCUGAUAUUGCUCAUCCUGUUCUUUGUGUACUCAGAUAAGGUGAGUGAGAAUGCUAAGCAGGACCUGAAGGAUGGGCUGGCUCUGUACAACUCAGACAACAACGUAGGCUUGCGAAAUGCCUGGAAUAUUAUUCAAGCAGAGUGGAAGUGCUGCGGUGUGACAGCAUACACGGACUGGCAUGAGGCUCUGAAGGAGAAGGUGGUUCCUGACCGCUGCUGCCAGGAGCACUACCAGGACUGCGGGCGCAACGCCACCAACAUGUUCUGGAACAGGGGCUGCUUCGAGAAAGUGGAGGAGUGGCUGGAUGACAAUAAACACCUGCUGGGAACCAUAGGCAUGGUCAUCUUGGUAGUGCAGCUUCUGGGCAUGGCGUUCUCCAUGACGCUGUUCCACCAAAUCCACAGAACGGGGAAGAAGUACGACGCUUAGCCUUAAGGAAGGCCCACUUAGCGAGGAGCCCCACUACCUGAUGGGAUAGACUCUGGAUAAACACCCCCCGCUUCUCCUUCCUUUAUACCCCCAAUAUGAUCCCCUUUGCCCCGUCCCAGACCUUAUGUACAGAUUCCAGCUGUGUCCCCACUCUGUUCUGCUCUCUCCGCUCACCUUUCAUUUUGCCAAAGAGUAACACAACUGGAGGAGAAAGGACAUCUACUUUGGGCGAGGAAGAAAAAUUGCAUUGGUUGUCGCUCUUCUUUAGUACAUUUCUAUUUUUUGCUUGGACUAACAAUGUGCCGGAAGGAAGGAUUCUGAGACAAUGAACGCUUUACUAAUGCCCACAUCGCCACCUCCGAGGCAAAGAGAACAUAUGAAACUGAUAUUUACACUUAGUACCCUCCAGCUCUCGUGGAGUUUCCUUUUUUUUUUUUUUUUUUCCUCAUGUUGAUUAAUGUUAAGUCCCCCUUCUCUUGUAAAUGACAAAAAAAAAAAAGUUCCAACAUGGCAUGCUCGUUUUCUACUCCACGGAUUUACCUUUGUCGUUGAAAUGUCAGGCGACUCCUUCUUUUUUUUUUCCUGUUAAUUUCAUUUCAUUUUUUUUUUUUUUUCUAAGUUUGCCGCUCCUGUGGAAUGUAAGUGUUGAACAGAUCAGUGCAAUGAGCUCUCAGACAUGCGGCGUGUGUGGGAUUAAAUUCGAUAUGGCGUUGCUGCGGAAAGUCAUACAAGUGUCGGGAUAAGUGUUUAAUGUAAUCCAUGAUACAUAUUUUCAGGUAUCAUCAAGUGCAGAGAUUUGACGAAUGUGAGUGUGAAGGUAGACUGCAAUGGAACAUGAGGAAUGAAUGGAUUCGUUUUACUGAUUUUUUUUUUUUUUUUUUUGGAAUUACAGGGCACUCAUCACUCCUUGCGGUGAUCUCAAAUUAAUUUAAUUCAAUUCUAAUGCACACAUAUGCACGUGAACACACACACACACACACACAGAGGCACACAAUCUAGUGUAUUAUCACACUGCAGCAGUCUUGCCCUUCUCUGUGAAACAAUAGAAAUGUUAUAAAAUGGCUUUUUAUUAGAGCCCCACCAGGUCUGUCAAGUGAGGAGAGCUAGGUGAUGUAGUUCCCGCUUUGAGUACUGUCUGAAGUGAGUGUGUGUGUGUGCGUGUGUGUGUGAACAUGUGUAUGUGUGGUUUUAUUGCAUUGUCUGUGUUGCAGAGAAAAACGACACAUGGAAACAUAGAGAACAAAGGGUAAAAGGAGCAAGAGCCGAGCAGACGUGAUGUCUAGACAUUGCCGAUACCAUCAAUUGUGUGAGGGUGAAGCCCAUAUUGCUACAACUUUUCCCUUCUUUAAUCUCCAGGUCUUUAUCCAUCUGCUCUCCCUGGUCUCUCUCUCUCUCUCCCCCUCUCUCUCUCUGGCUGUCAACUCCCUCUGCCUCCAUUGCUCUUUUUCCUCCCCGUUUCUUCCCAUGUGUCAAAAAGCAAUGAGUUUUAUGCAGCAUACACACAGUAACUCUGCUGACAUUCCUGCUCAUCAUGGUUUUUAUGUACCUCCAGUUUGCGACUUCUCCAAUUUCCGUACGCCUCCUUUUCAUGCAGUCAGAGGAGGGGGUGGUGGAGGGUAGGCAGAUCAAAGCUGAGACAGAUAGGUAUGGCAGCAUGCCCUGUAGGAUAAGUCUGUUUAUGUCUGUUUACCACUGAUUCUCUACAGGAGGCCUGAACGUCAGCCUGGUUCCAUAAGAGUGACAAUGCUGUACAUCUGGUCUGGCAACUUUGAUAAAAUGCCUUCUACUUUGUGGCGCAUCGCGCUUUCCAAGAGCAUUUCUGCUCUUGGCUGCCUCUCUGCGUGCGUAUGUGUGUGUGUACAUGUGUGAUAGAGGUGUAGGUAUAAUGGACUAGCUCAGCAUGAGCGUGAGAGGAUAGGUGCCUGGUCAAACUGUCCAGUUGUUUACCGCUAUGUUUGAAAUUGGGUAGAGUAAUCAUUGGGACCAGAAGUGGCUCUGUUCUGACGAUCAUCCGAGGUGAAUGUGUUUGGGGGAUAAAUGAAAGCUCGAAAAAAUGUUGCUUUGGAUGAAGCCUAGGAACUCAGACACUGUGCAUUUGCUGCUACGUGGGCUACCAGAUGACACAGGAAGUCAGAGGAAAUUAACCAAGCAUGACUGAAACUAUCACAACCUCACUCAUCUCACAUUCUCUCACUCUGGCAGCCUGUAAGCCUCAGAGUAUUACCUGAAGUCACUCUUAGCAUUCAGGACAUUUAUUUUAUUUUUUACUAUUUUUAUUUCUUCCUGUCUUCAUUUCCGUCAUGAUGACUUAAUCUCAGAGCUCUCACACACACACACACACACACACACACACAGAUUUUGGGGGGAGAGGAGGGUGGGAGGCUCUGUGCAUCAGAAAGCAACAGAUUUGGACUCCGGUGUGCACUGACCCUGCCGGCUGUGAUUCACUCUGUGCCCUCAUAUGCUCCACCUUUUCUUGUUGUAUCCAAGGGGGGAACAUGACAGCUGCUGAUGUACAGCACAGGCAUGAGUGGUCAGAUCUCCUCUGCUUGGCUGCCUCCACAAACUCUCCACGCAUCCCCCUGUUUACUGCAGCCGUCAGCAGACACUCGGCGCUACAUACCUGGCAGCACUGACACUGUAGAAAUACAGCCAUGCUCUUUGGAGACCUGAAAGCAGCCGGGUGGUGCCGUCUGCGCCCGUGCAUGCCUCUCCUCUGCUGCGGCUGAGAGCAAAGUUAGGAGGAAGAUAGAUUCACCUGAUUUACCCAUUAACGGAAACAUAAAUCAGAUUGCACUGCAACCUUACUGAAGAUGUUACACGAGAAAACCCAAAAGAUUUGAGGUGUAAGCUGAAUAUUUCGUCGUGUUGCGUGGUCUGAUCCCGCCGGUAAUGACGGUGGAGCAGCAGUCGAAUGCUGAGCAGCGCAAUUUCACCGUUUCUCAUAAUUUCAUGAGAGCGCAGAAAAGCACGGUGUCUGUCCUCAAGCCUGAUGUCAUACCAUUGAAACUCAGCCUGGGAAAUCUGCAACAGUCUGAUCGGGGGAAAUUGUGCUGAUAUCAUCCUGACGUUUUUUUUUUUUUUUUUUUUUUCCUCUGUGUUUAAGUCCUACCGUCUGUCAGCUCUCCCGGCCUCACUUAGUCACCGUUGUCCUAUUAAAGAAAAAGUUGUUUAUUCAUGUUUUAGAAUUGCAGGGAUGGAUGCCUAUCAUUUUAACAAAUGCCGAUUAAUGAUGUUAUUUUUGUACAUGGGUUGUCAUUGUUUCAUGUUUGUUUUUAUACGAUAUAUUGUUGUUGUUUUUUUUGUUGUUUCCGUGUGUUUUUACUGGCUUUGUGUUUCGUGACAGGGGCUCAACGUCGUUCAUUGUGAGAACGUGACACCAUUAAGCAUUUGUUUCUUAGGGGAUUAGUCGACAUGACGUUCCUCUGCAAGGUGCAAAAACGCCGUUCUGUCUUAACAUCGCUACAGGCAGUUAAAAUAAUUAAGUCAGAAUUGAGAAGGAGAGGGAAGAAUUUGGCAUAUAGCAUUGGGUGAAGCCCACAAAAGACAUGCUGCACGCUUGUCAUUGUGCUUCUCUAUAUUAAGAUCUGUCCUUUAAUUAAUUUAGGAUGUGCUAGUAUUAGCUGCAGUAUGUCUUUUAAAACUGCCAGUGUGACGCCCAUUAUGUAAAUGCCAACUGCUCAUCAUAGAGAAUGAUGUAUUGGACGACUCUAUACAAGCAAAGCUCAUCUCACUAUAUCACUCCUGUACCGUAGUCCUGGAUGUAAAUAUACUCAUUUACCCAUUUUACAGCUGUUGUAAUUUACUGUUAUACUGUACGACUUACAAUUUGCAUCAAGUUGGCUGCCAUCUUUUAAUUUGGGAUUUCCUAACAACCCAUGCUCUUUUCAAUGUGUCGCCUACGUUUGUGGGAGUCGCACAGCUCCCACCCCGACGUUACCCACAUUUUCAUUCGUUAGAUCAUUUUCCUGUUUGCAUUUGUACUUUUUCAUUUGAAGAGCAGUGUAUAAAAUGUAAAUUGUGUUUUUUGUUCCGUCUGGUUUUAGUAUCUCAU